AUGGAUGGCAGGGGUACAUUCAUGCUGGGCUUGCAGAUGGAGAACCUGCACAUGGGCUACAUCUGGCCGGGGGAGAAGGCAUUGUGGAAAAGUGCAAGGGCACUUAGAGGACCAGAGGUGGAAGAGGUGGUAGGGAAUGCAGGGCCAGUGGGGUUGAAAUUGAGUGAAGUAAGGUUCUUGAGUGGUGCUGCAUUCCACAGAAGUUUUAGGACUGAGCACUCUUUAAGUCCUCUAAGUCAGAACUUCAAAGAUUGGAGUGGGACAGACUUGAGGGUUAAAGUCUGGAAGUGCAAGGAAUACUGCUCAGAGGGAGGGUGA